AUAUCCAUUCUGAGUUGGCAACAUUGCUGCGUUGGCAACUUGGCGACAUUGCUACUUCUGUUUUCUUCCUUCAUCCCAACUUCCAAAAUUCCAGAAAAAUCACUGUUUAAUUGCAUUUUACAUCCCCAUUUGUUUCUGGGUUUCUCGAAGUUCCUUUCUUUAUGUUAUCUUCCUUUAUACAUUGAUCAAAUCAACCCACUACAACUUCAGGGUGGUCCCAAUUUUAUUCCCAAAACUUGGAAACUUUCCUCCAAUUAUCUGCUGAUGACAGUUCAUAUUGAUUUUUAAUUCCGGGUUUGCAAUUUUGUGAAUAAAAUUUGGUCAAAGUUGGGUCUGUUGUAAAAAUUUAGGGCAGAUGUUGGAUUCUAUACCGGGGAGUUCUGGGUAUUUAGAAUCAUAUCCUGAAAGAAGAUUUACAUAUUUCAGUAAUAAAUAUGUGUUGGGAUUGACUGUUGUUGCUGGAAUUGGUGGUUUGCUAUUUGGAUAUGAUACAGGUGUUAUAUCAGGGGCACUUUUAUACAUCAAGGAUGAUUUUGAAGAAGUCAAAAACAGCAGUUUCUUGCAGGAAACAAUUGUCAGCAUGGCCCAAGUAGGUGCAAUAAUUGGAGCUGUUUUUGGUGGAUGGAUUAACGACACCUUUGGACGCAAGAAAGCUACACUAUUUGCCGAUGUUAUCUUCGUGGCCGGUUCAGUUGUCAUGGCUGCCGCUCCAGAUCCUUAUGUUCUUAUAUUUGGACGUCUUUUAGUUGGUUUGGGUAUUGGAGUGGCUUCAGUUACUGCUCCUGUUUACAUUUCAGAAGCAUCCCCGACUGAAGUAAGAGGAGGACUCGUGAGUACAAAUGUGCUCAUGAUUACAGGUGGACAGUUUCUUUCCUACCUCGUUAACCUUGCUUUUACUGAGGUCCCUGGAACUUGGCGAUGGAUGCUUGGAGUAUCAGCCGUGCCAGCUAUAGUACAGUUCAUUGCUAUGCUCUUUUUACCGGAGUCCCCACGCUGGCUUUAUAUGAAGGGGGAGAAAGCCAAGGCUGUUGCGGUGCUUUCAAACAUUUAUGAUCCGUUUAGGUUAGAGGAUGAGGUGGAUGGUCUUGCUUCUGCUGCAGAGGAAGAGCUUAGUAGAAAGAAAGCCAGUGUCUGGGAUGUUUUUGGGAACAGAGAAAGAAGACAUGCAUUUCUAGUUGGAGGUGGUCUUCAGGCGUUUCAGCAGUUUGUUGGUAUAAACACAGUUAUGUACUACAGUCCAACAAUUGUCCAAAUGGCUGGUUUCCACUCAAACCAACUAGCUCUUCUCCUCUCCCUCAUUGUCGCGGGCCUAAAUGCUGCUGGAACCGUCGUAGGCAUUUAUCUCAUUGAUCACAUGGGACGCCGUCCAUUAGCCAUGAUGAGCUUGGGCGGCGUGUUUGCAUCCCUCAUCAUCUUAUCUCUUUCCUUCUUUCUUCAAUCCACAGGGGCCCUUGCUGUAGUAGGGCUCGCCCUUUAUAUAAUAUUUUUCUCGCCUGGUAUGGGACCCGUUCCAUGGACAGUAAACUCCGAGAUAUACCCACAAGCUUAUCGAGGCAUCUGUGGUGGUAUGGCUGCUACUGUAAACUGGAUUUCCAACGUGGUUGUCUCAGAGUCCUUCCUUUCAAUCGCUGAUGCUGCAGGAACCGGUACUACUUUCCUUAUACUUGCUGGUAUUUCUCUUCUUGCAUUUGUGUUUGUAGCAGUAUGUCUUCCUGAAACGAAGGGGUUGGCAUUCGAAGAAGUGGAGGAAAUUUGGAGAAAGAGGGCACGGGGAAAUUCAUCUAAUACCCGAAGCCUUCUUCAAGGUGGAAACAGCCGUCAGAAUGAUUUUAAAGAUACUCGUAAUAGAGAAGAUGAUGAAGACAUAUCCUAGUUUGCACCCCAAGUUAUCUAGGACAUUUUUUUGGAUGAUUCUUUUCUCCCCAUGGAGGGCUUGUUUGUCGCGCAAUUGUAUUUAUUUACAUGUAUGUAAAAUAACUUGGUGUAUUUAUUUAUAUGCUCCGUACUUUGUAUCUUGGGGGCCUAUGGCUCUAUGCGAAGUUGAAGUUUGUGUGCAUA